GGGCGGGCCCCUGCGUCUCUGGGCGCCGGAGCGCGGCGACUAUCACGCCGCGUGGCGGACGGACGGACUGACGGACGCGCAGCCUUACCCGAAGGGCCAUGGCGGAGCACGCCCCUCGCCGCUGCUGCCUGGGCUGGGACUUCAGCACGCAGCAGGUAAAGGUUGUUGCUGUUGAUGCAGAGUUGAAUGUCUUCUAUGAGGAAAGUGUGCAUUUUGACAGAGAUCUUCCAGAAUUUGGGACUCAGGGCGGUGUUCAUGUGCACAAGGAUGGGCUGACGGUCACUUCUCCAGUACUAAUGUGGGUCCAGGCACUGGAUAUCAUCUUGGAGAAGAUGAAGGCUUCGGGCUUCGACUUCUCUCAAGUCCUAGCCUUGUCCGGGGCAGGCCAGCAACACGGAAGUAUAUACUGGAAGGCUGGAGCCCAGCAGGCACUGACAAGCCUAUCACCAGACCUCCGGCUACACCAGCAGCUGCAGGACUGUUUCUCCAUCAGCGACUGCCCGGUGUGGAUGGACUCCAGCACCACAGCCCAGUGCCGCCAGCUGGAGGCUGCCGUGGGUGGUGCUCAGGCUCUCAGCUGCCUCACGGGGUCCCGUGCCUAUGAGCGUUUUACAGGAAACCAAAUUGCAAAAAUUUACCAGCAGAACCCCGAGGCCUACUCACAUACGGAGAGAAUUUCUUUGGUCAGUAGCUUUGCUGCUUCCCUGUUCCUUGGCUCUUACUCCCCUAUUGACUACAGCGAUGGUUCUGGAAUGAAUUUGUUGGAGAUACAGGAUAAAGUCUGGUCCCAGGCUUGCCUUGGUGCCUGUGCACCUCAUUUAGAGGAGAAGCUUGGCCCACCAGUGCCAUCAUGCUCAGUUGUGGGAGCCAUUUCUUCCUACUACGUCCAGCGCUACGGAUUUCCUCCAGGAUGCAAAGUGGUGGCCUUCACUGGGGACAACCCAGCGUCGCUGGCGGGCAUGAGACUGGAGGAAGGUGACAUUGCGGUCAGCCUGGGCACCAGUGACACCCUAUUUCUCUGGCUUCAAGAGCCCAUGCCUGCCCUGGAAGGCCACAUCUUCUGCAACCCGGUUGACUCCCAGCACUACAUGGCACUCCUGUGCUUUAAAAAUGGCUCCCUCAUGAGAGAGAAGAUCCGCGACGAGUCUGUGUCCCAUUCCUGGAGCGAUUUCUCUAAGGCACUGCAGUCCACAGAGAUGGGCAACGGUGGAAACCUGGGUUUUUAUUUUGAUGUAAUGGAGAUCACCCCUGAAAUUAUUGGACGUCAUAGGUUUAACACAGAAAACCACAAGGUUGCAGCAUUCCCUGGGGAUGUGGAGGUUCGAGCACUAAUUGAAGGACAAUUCAUGGCCAAGAGGAUUCAUGCAGAAGGCCUGGGCUAUCGAGUCAUGUCCAAGACAAAGAUUUUGGCCACAGGAGGAGCAUCUCACAAUAGAGACAUCUUACAGGUGCUUGCAGAUGUGUUUGGUGCCCCGGUGUAUGUUAUAGACACUGCCAACUCGGCCUGUGUGGGUUCUGCAUACCGAGCUUUUCAUGGUCUUGCAGGUGGAACAGAUGUGCCCUUUUCAGAGGUUGUGAAGUUAGCUCCAAAUCCCAGACUAGCUGCUACCCCAAGCCCGGGAGCUUCUCAGCGCCGCUGGGUUGGAGUCUCCACGACCGAGCUGGUCUCGGCAAGUGGUGCCCAACACGGGGGCUCGAACCUGGGUCGAAGAGUCGCCAGAACGAUGGUUAGAAAAUGUGGAACUACGCUGGAGGACACCCGAGUACUGUUAAAGCAAUCCUCAUGGCCAAAACCAGCAGCCAAUUUGGAUAUCAUCAAGACACCUGAAACUUUAUCAUGAGCCAGAUGCUGAGGAAGAGAUUUUGGGAGGAACCCAAGGACCCCCCACUUGCAGCCAUGUUGAGACUGACAAUAAGUCCACCUUUCCUGCUUGUAGUGGGUGAUUUAAAACUUGAUCUCCCUAAUCAUCAUGGGACUUGUCAAGAAUGUAGAUUGUUUUCUUGUGUGAAUUCUUCCUUGUAUAAUACUGAUCAUUCUAUUUUAGUGGUAAGAACCCAAGAAGGAGUAUGGAUACCUGUAAAGCUUUCCGGUCCUUGGGAAGCCUCUCCUUCUGUGCAUAUUAUUACUGAAAUUCUUCAAAACAUUCUGAGAUGCUCUCAGUGUUUCAUUGCUACUUUAAUUUUAAUCAUUAUGGGAUUGAUUGCUGUCACAGCUACUGCCGCGGCAGCUGGAGUUGCUUUGCAUUUCACAGUACAAACAGCAGACUAUGUAAAUAAUUGGCAGAAAAAUUCUACUUUGCUGUGGAAUUCCCAAACUAAUAUAGACCAGAAACUAGCUAAUCAAAUCAAUUAUCUCCAACAAACUGUAAUGUGGCUAGGAGAUUGAGUAGUUAGUCUAGAAUAUAGAAUGCAGUUACAAUGUGAUUGGAAUACUUCUGAUUUUUGCAUUACUCCUCAUCUGUAUAAUGAAAGACAGCAUGAGUGGGAAAGAGUUAAGAAACAUUUGAAAGGUCAUACUGGAAAUUUACUUUAGAUAUUACACAACUGAAGGAACAAAUAUUUCAAUCUUCUCAGGCACAUCUGACACUAAUGCCAGGAACUGAAGUGCUUGAAGGCGCUUCAGAUGGAUUAGCAGCUAUUAACCCAUUAAAAUGGAUCAAGACACUUGGAGGCUCUGUAAUUUGAAUGAUGACUGUGCUUUUAAUUGGUGUUGUUUCUCUUUGUAUAUCAAAUUGAAAUACAAAUGAAAUUGGUCAUUUGUACAUCUGCAAAUAUAGACCCCGAAUUCUGCGAGAAGUAGCCUACUGUGACAAAGCUGCCUAUGCCUUUAUCACUUUGCAAAAACAGAAAGGCGGGACAUGUUGGUAGCAAUCCCUAACCCUGUCAUAAACAGACCUUAAAGAAACUGGCCAUAAACAGGAUUUCUGCAGCAAUGGGACAUGCUCAUGAUGGCUGUCAUGCACACUGCUAAAAGUUGUUGGUUUACUGGAGCAGGGCAAGGAACACCUGGCCCCGCCCGGAGCAAAAAACUGCUCAAACCACAAACGAUAGCAGGAAAGGCCUGUGCCUUGACAGCAUGUUUUUUGCUACAGAUAAUCAGCCAGAGCCUGUUUCUCUGCUCCUCGCUGAGAUUGCUUUGUUUCCCAUAAAGAAUGCUUUUAGCUAAUCUACAAUCUAUAGAAUCAAUGCUUAUCACUGGCUUUCUGUCAAUAAAUGUGUGGGUCAAGCUCUGUUUGUGGCUUUCAGCUCUGAAGGCUGUCAGCCCCCUAAUCCCCACUUUGUACUGUAUUCCUGUGUCUUUGUCUUAAUUCCUCUAGUACCGCUUCGUUAGGUCUCCAUGACUGAGCUGGUCUUGGCACCAUGUUGUUCAGACUAGUCUUUAACUCCUGCAAUCCUCCCACAAAGUGCUGGGAUUACAGGCGUGAGCCACCGCACCUGGCCACAAUCUUCCAUUUUAACUUGUCAAAUUUAUUAGCAUAAACUUGUUUAAAUAUUCCUUUAUUAUCCUUGCAUGUCUGUAGUACUUGUAGUGAAAGAAUUCCCUUUCAUUUCUGAAACUGGUCAUUUGUCUUUUUUCUGAAUCAGACUAGCUAGAAGUUUAUCAAUUUUAUUGAUCAUACUUUUUUCUAUUUUAUUGAUUUCCAUUCUUUAUUGUUUACUUCAGGUUUAAUUUGUUCUGCUUUUCCUAGCUUUUCUUUUCUUUUUUUUUUUGAGACAGAAUCUCGUUCUGUAGUCCAGGUUGGAGUGCAGUGGCAUGGUCUUGGCUUACUGCAACCUCCGCCUCCCAGUUCAAGCAAUUCUUCUGCCUCAGCCUCCUGAGUAGCUGGGACUACAGGCGCCCACCACCACACCUGGCUAAUUUUUGUAUUUUUAGUAGAGACAGGUUUCAUCAUGUUGGGCAGGCUGGUCUAGAACUCCUGACUUCAAGUGAUUCGUCCACCUUGGCCUCCCAAAGUUCUGGGAUUACAGGUGUGAGCCACCAUGCCUGGUCAAUGUUUUUUAGCUUUUCAAGGUGGAAAUCUACAUAACUGAUUUAAGACAUUUCCUCUUUCCUAACAUAAGCACUUAACAUUAUCAGCUUCAUUGUAUGCACUGCUUUAACUGCAUCCCGUAAAUUUUCAUAUGUUCUGUUUCCAUUGUCAUUCUGCUCAAAAUGUUUUCUGAUUUCCUUUGCUAUUUUUCGUUAAUUCUUAGGUUAAUUCCAAAAUAUUAGGGGAUUUUCCAGAUAACUUUUUGCUAGAAUUUGGUUUUGUUAUUUAAUGUCAUCUGUGUGGUCUAAGAAUAUGCUCUGCAUAAAUUCAAGUUUUUAAAACUUACUGACAUUUAUUUUUUGGCCCAGCAUAUAGUUUAAUUUUGGGGGAUGUUACAUGUGCAUUUGAAAAAAAUGUGUUUUCUCUCUUGUUGAGUGUUCUGUAAAUGACAAUAAGGUCGAAUUAGAUUGAUGGUGUUGUUCAAGUCUUUUAUGUCUUAACCGAUUUUCUAUAUACUUGUUAUACCAAUUACUGAGAGAGCACUAGUAAAAUCUCCAACCAUAA